AUUGCAAGUAGAUACAAAGUUGUACUGACAACAUCUCACCCAAUGCCGCAAGAAGUAUUAAGCUGAUGGAUUUCUAGCUUAGAGGUGAGGUCCUUCCUGGUUCACCUCAAGCACAGCCACUGAAUUCAGCGUCAUGUUCAGAAAGGCCUUCUGAAGAAAAUCCUCCAUAGGAUCCAAUGUCCACUGCGAAUUCUAGCACAAAGCGAUCAGAAAUGAGAUGGGGAUCGCCACGCCUUGUGGCGUCCAUCUUUUUGUUCUUGUCCUUGCAGCUGACGGAGACAUGGAAUGGAGAGGCUUUGUUAGCUCCAGAAGAUGGAAAUGCCAUCGAAGAAUUGCGGGUCGCCUUUAAUUUGACUGAAUUUGCAAAUGGUGAUCCUUGCUCGAACAACACCGACAACUGGAUAACUUGCUCCAACUCAACCAAAUCCGCACGCGUUUUGACGAUUGGUUUGAAGAAUUUGAAUCUGACAGGAACAUUACCUCAAGCGCUAACGAGGCUGAGGUUUCUCCGUGAAGUGAAUCUAGGAUACAACAAAUUUCGUGGGGUUGUACCAGAUCUUAGAAACUUGACACACCUCGAAAUAUUAGACCUGAGUGAGAAUAAUUUCACCGGACCGAUUCCAAACACAACCUUUUUUCCGAACAUCACUCAACUAAUUCUGAGCGGGUGCAAUUUUACUGGAGGCAUACCUCCAUCUUUAUUCAAGAACAAAAAUCUGCAAAAGCUGAGAUUGGACAACAGUCCUCUACGAGGCCCUGUUCCUAACCUCAAUGGAAUUUCCAAUAUCAAAGAAUUAUAUUUAGGGCAAACUCAAUUAGUUGGACGCAUUCCUCGCUCGCUCGAGAAUUUGACUAGAGCUACACAUUUUGAAAUCAAGACCAAUCCUGGAAUAACGGGACCUCUUCCUGAUCUUAAUAAGAUGCCAAGCGUUCAAUACUGGGAUUCCAGCCAAUGUGGACUAAGCGGCCGUCUUCCAGAACUAAAAAACGCUCUGAGUUUAAAGGGCCUGCAACUAUGGAAUAACAACUUCAGUGGAUCAAUACCUCCUCUACUUUUCAAGCAUGUCGACCUCCAGUGGCUGAAUUUGUAUGGAAAUCCUCUACUAACAGGAGAGAUUCCGGACGUGAGUGGUCUUGAAAGUGUUGAGGUUUUCAGCGCGUACGACUGCGAUCUGACAGGACCCCUACCUUCAUUCCAAAACACGACCAAACUCAGAUUUUUAAAUUUAUGGAACAACCGCUUGACGGAAUUCGCUUCUGACUUGAGAAAUUUGAGCACUUUAUGUAUUGUGGAUGUUCGCAACAAUAGUAUCAAGGGCACUUUACCAGAUCUUCCUCCCAGCUCUAUUCAAGAAAAAACGCCAGAUCACUUUGUUCAGAAACUGAAGUUUAGCAACAACAGUUUCUCUGGAGAAAUUCCUUUAUCUUGGAAUAAUCUUACGUGGCUAGAAGAGAUAACGGUGAAUACCAACAAUCUGAGUGGAGAGCUAAGAGGUGAAAUGAUCGGAAACAUGAGGAAUUUGAGAAUCCUAGAUGUCCGAAGUAAUAAUUUUUCAGGAACUAUUCCAAAGGAGAUUGGAGAUCUUAAUGAUCUAUACUUUUUGGACCUUAGGAAUAAUGGCUUCACUGGCGAUGUACCUGAGUCGCUCCUUUUCCUUCCGAAUUUGACACAAGUGCUGCUGGACAACAACAACUUUAAAACACUACCAAAAUCACUCAUAACAAGAUUCGGAUUGAACAUUACGUAUUCGAACAAUCCCAAUCUGAUUUUGAUCCCUGAAGAAGACAAGAAAGGUGUCCCUCCUGGAGCGAUCGUGGGAAUCGUAGCCGGUGUAUGUGCAGUCUUGGCAGUUACACUCCUCUUGCUGUGCUUGUACAGAAGAAAGAAGAAUGGAAACUCCUUCGCAACAGAUCAGAUACCCAAAACAGCUACUGGUUUUACGUGGAAGGAAAUAAAAUCCAUGACUUCAGAUAAUAAAACCUUGAUUGGUAAGGGAGGGUUCGGAGCAGUCUACUACGGCAAAUUAAUGGAUGGUGAAGAGGUUGCUGUCAAAAUCAGAUCAGCUGAUUCGAAACAAGGAUCAGCAGAGUUUCUGAAUGAGGUGCGCCUUCUGUGUAAGCUGCAUCACCGCAACCUUGUUCGUCUGAUUGGUUACUGUUUGGAAGGACGCGAGCAAGUCCUCGUCUACGAUUAUAUGUCGCAAGGCUCGCUGGCGAAUCAUCUUUAUCCCUCAGAUUCUUCGGAAGCUACAACAGAUGCGUCUACUACUGUGCCACGUAAAACGCAGGACCUCGACUGGAGGACGCGACUUGAGAUUGCUGUCGAUGCUGCACGAGGUAUCGAGUACUUGCACAAGGACUGCGACCCGCCCAUAAUCCAUCGUGACAUGAAAUCCAGCAACAUUCUGCUCGGCGAUAAACUACAAGCAAAGAUUGCAGACCUGGGCAUUUCGAAACAAGUGCCCGAUUCGUACGAUCCCGAUCAAGUGGGGUCGACCAUGAACGGAGUCUCCACUGCAAUCAAGGGCACCUUCGGCUAUCUGGAUCCAGAGUACUUUGCCAGACGUAAGCUCACAACGAAGAGCGAUGUUUACAGCUUCGGAGUUGUGCUUCUCGAAAUCGUAACUGGCAAGCGGCCUUUCACUCUUGACUUCCCGGGUAGCGAGGAUACGAACUUGAUCGAUUGGGUAAAAAAUGCGGUGGACAUGGGAGUGAUCGACAGUGUGGUCGAUCGGAGAUUGAAGGGCGGAUACAGUCCUGAAGGAAUGGAGAAGGUAAUUGUCUGUGCCCUGGCAGCCGUGAAUCCCAGUGGUGGUGAGAGGCCGGAUAUGGCCCAAAUCAUAAACACCUUGAACGAAGCCCUGCUUUUCGAAGGACGAAGCAUCUAUACUGUCAAGAAAGUAUAUCAUAUGGAGAAGACGGACCCUGCUGUAAUGGACGACAUGAGAGUUGAGUCUAUGGACCAUUCUCACGUUUCCUUUCCCAAUCACUCGAGAGGAUCAACGACCUGAGUUACUGAGUACUAUCACGAGAGCAUUUCACGAGAACAUGACAUGAUGAAGGAAAAGUGGACGCUCUUGUGCCAUCGCUUCCAGUUUUGUUUGCACCCUCGUAUCGAACUGGAGAAGAUUGCCAUCUGGUGACCUUUGAACCUUAGUUUGCAUGGACAUCGAAUUCUGUAUUGUUUUUGAACUACGAAUAUAAUCACUGCUUUACCAAUAGUUCUCGGAACACCUUAGGAUUGAUUUUGUUAAUUUGAGUAAUCAGUUCUUAGAUUGCGUUAAACUUGUGUGAGAAUGAUGUUUGAAUUUCACGAAUAAACUAUCUUUAAUAAUAAAAUUUAAUUUAUUUUAUG